AUGGUCGUACACUUCCUUACCUAUGGUCAGAUAAUGCCAGUCAAUGGCCAAACACGUCCCAGAUAUUGCUCGUACACAGCAUACACACUAGCCGGACGGCAGUCAGACACUGGCCGGAUACAAGAAGUACACUACCCGCCCCUGCGUGCGAGCUCUCCCUCCCGAGCCCCGCAGCGCGCCGUGCCUUUGCUCCCCUCGCGUGCCUCCCCGCCCGCGUCGGCCGCCGCUGCGGUGGCCGGCUUCCGCUCCCGCCGCGGCCGCAUCCCGCUCGUCCGGCUCUCCGCCACCGCCGGGUCCGCACCCGCAGCUCCCACGCCGGCUGGUCGGCUGGCCGGCUCCGGCCGCCUGCAGGCCCGGACGCCUCUACCGCGCGCCUCGCGCCUCCGCCUCCGGCCAGGCACUGCUCGGGGUUGGCUCCCGUUCCGCACGCCUCGCUCCGCACCUGAGCGCCCGAGUGCGCCGGCUCUGCACCGCUCCGGCCACCUCUCCUCCAACGGCACCACGGCGCCGGCCCCGUCGCCCUCCGCCUGCUCUGUCCCGCGGCCGCGCAUCCCGCCGCCUCGCUCCUCCACGGCUCCGACGAGCUGGCCGGCUUUGCCGAGCUCGCGCCCGGCUCUCCCCUUCGCGCCCCCGCGCCUCUCAGGCGCUGCGCCGCGCCUCCGUCCGGCCGCCCCGCGCGCGUCCACGACCCGGACCGUGCUCGUGGCCGGCUCCCCGCCCGGGCCGGCUGCUGGCUCCGACCGGUCGCCUACCGCCCGCGCCGGCUCCGGCUCCGACCCGGCCGGCUCCCGAGCACCGCCACUCCCGUGCUGGCCACUGCUCCGCCCCUGCCAGGCCGCCUCGCCCGCCCGCCGGCUCCCGCGGGCCGGCUUCGCCUUGCCACGGCCGCCUUGCCCCGCUAGCCGGCGUCCGUCCCGCUGCACCGACCCCGCGCCCCGGCAUCUCCGCCUUCGCCCGUGCCUGGCCGCCUCCCGCCGCGCCUGCCGGCCUCCGCUCCGCUCGGCCUCGCCUGCGCGCCAGGCUCCUCCCGUCCGGUGGCCGGCUUCCCGUGCCUCGCCGCUCCGGCUGGGUGCUCCGCGCCCGUAG